CCCUCUCUCUUGGGGCAGUGCUGCAGUCACGUGGCACUGCUGGUGGGCCCCUGGGGCAGGGGCCAGGGCAAGAUUGAGGAGACUCAUGUCUCAUUUGGAGCAGCUCUGCAAAGCAGCACAUCGGCGGGGACCAUGGCUGGCUCCCCAGACCAGGAGGGCUUCUUCAACCUGCUGAGCCACGUGCAGGGCGGCCGGAUGGAGGAGCAGCGCUGCUCGCUGCAGGCGGGGCCGAGCCCAGCCUCUGACAGCCAGAGUGGCCCUGCACCCGAGAUGGACAGCCUCAUGGACAUGCUGGCCAAUACCCAGGGCCGCCGCAUGGAUGACCAGCGAGUGACGGUCAGCGCCCUGCCUGGCUUCCAGCCUUUGGGCCCCAAGGACGGAGUGCAGAAACGAGCUGGGACCCUCAGUCCCCAACCCCUCCUCACCCCUCAGGACCCAGCUGCUCUCAGCUUCCGUCGGAACAGCAGCCCCCAGCCCCAGACACAAGCCCCCUGAGGGCCUACGGCGUCCUGGGCCCCACUUGGCCCCUGAGAGCUGACAAUAAAGCACUUCCAUGAGCAA